GCAGCGAUCGCUCUCAUGAUUUACUCCUUCACUCCUGCAGUGCUUGUGUCCGCGAUCGCGCCUAAUCCACCCCUGUUCGGUAGUGUUGCCAUUCUACUCCUAGCCCUCACUGUUCUCGGAUAUUACUUCUAUUGUUAUUUUAGAGAUCUCGUGAGUGGUGGACCAUCCCCACCAGCAGAGGACGUAAUGUCGGAACACGCCAACGGUGUUGGAACCGACCAACAUCAACCCGAACACCUGACUAACGGGGAUGAACCUCCAGUGCAACCUGUCAACUUCAUAGUCGGGGACGAGGGAGAAGGGGCGUCCAUAGAAAACGGCCACACGGAGGAAGAAAAACAAGAAAACACUGAUGCCUUCCCUGGAGAGAACACCACCAAGAAUGCUUCUUACAAAGACUUGUUUGGGCUUGCUGAGCGACGAAAAAGGCUCAGGCCGAGUAUGUCCCAAGGGACAGUGAUCCAUGCUCGCCAGUUGGACAAAGACUUCACUGUAGCCACUCCUGAAGAGUUUGUAAGAAGAUUUAAGGGAACUAAAGUUAUCAACAAGGUUUUGAUCGCCAACAAUGGAAUUGCUGCUGUCAAGUGUAUGCGAUCUAUCAGAAGAUGGUCUUAUGAGAUGUUCAGGAAUGAGAGGGCCAUUCGAUUUGUUGUCAUGGUCACCCCAGAAGAUCUUAAAGCUAAUGCUGAGUACAUCAAGAUGGCUGACCACUACGUCCCAGUACCUGGAGGAACAAACAAUAACAACUACGCCAAUGUUGAGCUCAUUGUCGACAUUGCUGUGCGCACACAAGUACAGGGAGUGUGGGCUGGUUGGGGCCACGCUUCAGAAAAUCCAAAACUCCCAGAAUUGCUACACAAGAAUAACAUAGCAUUCAUCGGGCCUCCAGAAAAGGCUAUGUGGGCCUUGGGAGACAAAAUCGCUUCAAGUAUCGUGGCUCAAACUGCUGAAGUUCCCUGUCUGCCAUGGUCUGGCUCAGAACUGAAAGCUGUGUAUGCCAACAAGAAGAUUAAGAUUAGUUCAGAACUGUACAAGAAAGGUUGUGUUACAACGUGGGAGGAGGGGUUGGUUUCUGCCCAGAAGAUCGGCUUCCCUGUAAUGAUCAAGGCUAGUGAGGGAGGUGGUGGCAAAGGUAUCCGUAAAGUCGACGGUCCAGAGGGUUUCGACAAUCUCUUCAGACAGGUGCAAUCAGAAGUUCCUGGCUCUCCCAUUUUCAUUAUGAAGCUUGCCAGCUGUGCUCGGCAUUUGGAAGUCCAGCUGUUAGCUGAUCAAUAUGGAAAUGCUAUUUCAUUGUUCGGCCGUGACUGUUCCAUUCAGAGACGUCACCAGAAGAUCAUUGAAGAGGCUCCUGCAGCUAUUGCCAAACCUGAUGUCUUUGAAGAGAUGGAAAGGGCUGCAGUAAGGUUGGCCAAAAUGGUAGGAUAUGUCAGCGCAGGAACCGUAGAAUACCUCUAUGACACUGCCGAAGAAGACUUCUAUUUCCUAGAGUUGAAUCCUAGGCUGCAAGUAGAGCAUCCUUGUACAGAAAUGGUUUCUGAUGUCAACUUACCUGCCUCACAACUUCAAGUCGCUAUGGGCUUACCCCUGCACAAAAUUAAAGAUAUUAGAAUGUACUAUGGUGAAUCACCUUGGGGAGACAGCCUCAUAGACUUUGAAAAUCCGACGCACAAACCAUCUCCUUGGGGUCACGUCAUUGCUGCUCGUAUCACCAGUGAAAACCCUGACGAAGGAUUCAAACCUAGUUCUGGUACUGUCCAAGAACUUAAUUUCCGUUCCUCCAAGAAUGUGUGGGGUUACUUCAGUGUUGCUGCGUCAGGAGGUCUCCACGAGUUUGCUGACUCCCAGUUCGGUCACUGUUUCUCAUGGGGAGAAAACAGAGAACAGGCUAGAGAAAACUUAGUCAUUGCACUGAAGGAGUUGUCGAUUAGAGGAGAUUUCCGAACAACUGUCGAAUACCUUAUCACUCUAUUAGAAACUGACGCCUUCCAGAACAACACUAUUGAUACUGCUUGGUUGGACAAACUGAUUGCCAAGAAGAUGCAAGCAGAAAAGCCAGACAUAAUGUUAGGAGUGAUCUGUGGAGCUUUGCACAUUGCAGACAGAAGAGUUGUUGAAAAUUUCCAGAACUUCCAGAACUCGCUGGAGAGAGGCCAAAUCCAAGGUUCUAACACACUGGACCAUACUGUCAACGCAGAGCUGAUCCAUGAUGGAUACAAGUACAAAGUGAGUGCCACCAAGUCUGGACCUAACCAAUACUUCCUUGUUAUGAACGGUUCCUUCAAGGAGAUUGAAAUCCACCGUCUUAACGAUGGAGGUAUUUUGCUGUCAGUGGAUGGAGCCAGUUUUACAACAUACAUGAGGGAGGAAGUGGAUCGGUACCGAGUGGUUAUCGGAAACCAGACCUGCAUCUUUGAGAAGGAAAAUGACCCUUCUCUCCUGAGGUCUCCCUCUGCUGGUAAACUGCUCAACUUCCUGGUAGAAGAUGGAGGACAUGUCAACAAAGGACAAGCCUACGCUGAAAUUGAGGUAAUGAAAAUGGUGAUGACGCUGACAGCCAAUGAGUCCGGUUCAGUGUUCUACACCAAGAGACCCGGAGCAGUGUUGGAUGCUGGCACUCUCAUGGGUCACCUGGAGUUAGAUGACCCGUCCUUGGUCACCCGGGCAGUCGACUACAAGGGACAAUUCCCUGAGUUGGACGUCUCCACACCCAUCAUGGGUGACAAGCUCAACCAUGUCCACAACAGCUACCGCACAAUGCUGGAGAACAUAUUGGCUGGGUAUUGCCUGCCUGAGCCUUACAACCUUGCCCGUCUCCGUGAAGUGAUAGAGAAGUACAUGAGCUCGUUGAGAGAUCCGACUCUACCAUUGCUUGAGCUACAGGAAGUCAUUGCAUCCAUGUCUGGCCGUAUUCCCAUCUCUGUAGAGAAGAAGAUACGCAAGUUGAUGAACCAAUACGAACGCAACAUCACCUCCGUACUCACACAGUUCCCAAGUCAACAAAUUGCUAGUGUCAUUGACGGGCAUGCUGCGACCCUCCAGAAGAGAACAGAAAGGGAUGGCUUCUUCCUGACUACUCAGGGAAUCAUUCAGCUGGUGCAGAGGUACAGGAAUGGUAUCAGAGGACGCAUGAAAUCUGCAGUCCACGAGUUGUUGAGGCAGUAUUACGAGGUGGAGAGUCAGUUCCAGCAAGGAAGCUACGACAAGUGUGUUGCAGCCGUUCAAGAGAAGUACAAAGAUGAUGCUUCUGCCGUAGCUUCCAUCAUCUUCUCACACUCUCAGGUAGCCAAAAAGAACAUGUUGGUAACAAUGCUGAUAGAUCAUCUGUGGUCUAAUGAGCCGGGCCUGACUGAUGAGCUCGCUGCUACUCUCAAUGAGUUGACAUCUCUCAACCGCAGUGAACACUCCCGAGUGGCCCUCCGUGCCAGACAGGUACUUAUUGCCGCCCACCAACCGGCCUACGAGUUAAGGCACAACCAGAUGGAAUCUAUCUUCCUCUCAGCCGUAGACAUGUACGGACAUGACUUCCAUCCAGAGAAUCUCCAAAAACUCAUUCAAUCCGAGACUUCUAUCUUUGACAUCCUGCAUGAUUUCUUCUACCACACAAACCGCGCUGUCUGUAACGCUGCUCUUGAGGUUUAUGUUCGGAGGGUCUACAUCUCAUACGACUUGACAUGUCUACAACAUCUAGAACUGUCAGGAGAAAUUCCUCUUAUACAUUUCCAGUUCCUACUACCGAGCUCUCAUCCGAAUAGACAAAAGCACUCUGAUGCAUUGAAAGAGAACAUUGUGGCUUUGGCUGGAAGUGCAGAUACCCUGGAGACUCUAGGACCAACCAUUCUGCACAGCUUCCAGAGAACUGGCUGCAUGGCAGCAUUUGAAUCUUUCCAACAGUUUGAAAACUACGCUGAUGAAAUCCUAGAUCUACUUGAGGACUUUGCAAACCCAAGUGUCGUAUCGCCAAAGAUUCUAGAAGCUGUUGAAAGUGGAAGUGAAUCUCAGAACAUGAGUACGUCCAUCAAUGUUUCACUCUCAGCUGAUGUUAAGCCAGCAGUAGACGAAAACAUCCAGGUUGAACCAAUCCAUAUCCUGUGCAUUGCAGUCAAGGACAAUGGAGACAUGGAGGACUCUAAACUAUCCAAGAUGUUUGGAGAUUUCUGUGCCCAACAUUUGGAGGAGCUCAAGCAAAGAUCAAUCAGAAGAAUUACAUUCCUCGCUCUAAACAAGCGCCAGUUCCCUAAGCUGUUUACAUUCCGUAACUGUGACAACUUUGUGGAAGACCGCAUCUACAGACAUCUAGAACCUGGCAUGGCCUUCCAACUGGAACUCAACAGAAUGAGGACUUAUGAUUUGGAGGCUCUUCCCACUUCCAACAGGAAGAUGUACCUUUACCUGGGAAAAGCCAAGGUUGCUAAGGGACAGGCUGUCACAGAUUUCAGAUUCUUCAUCCGCUCCAUCAUCCGACACUCAGAUCUCAUCACUAAAGAAGCCAGUUUCGAGUAUCUGCAGAACGAAGGAGAAAGAGUUCUCCUGGAGGCAAUGGAUGAGCUAGAGGUUGCCUUCAGUCAUCCAUUCGCCCGUCGCACUGACUGUAACCAUAUCUUCCUCAACUUUGUUCCAACUGUUAUCAUGGAUCCAUCCAAGAUUGAGGAGAGUGUCACCAGCAUGGUUAUGAGGUAUGGACCCAGGCUGUGGAAACUGCGUGUUCUUCAGGCUGAGCUGCGAAUGACCAUUAGGCCUUCACCCAACGCCAAGACAUCCAAUGUUCGACUUUGUCUGGCUAAUGACUCCGGAUACUACCUCGACAUCAGUCUUUACAAGGAAGUCACCGAUCCCAAGACUGGUGUGAUCCGUCUGGAGAGUAUGGGAGCCAAGCAAGGGUCUAUGCAUGGUAUGCCUGUUUCCACUCCCUACCUUACCAAGGACUAUCUACAACAGAAGAGAUUCCAGGCCCAGAGCCAAGGCACCACCUACGUCUACGAUCUGCCAGACAUGUUCAGACAAGUCACUGAGAGAUUGUGGCAAGAGUACAUUGACGAGAGACCUAGUGAGGCAAUCGUGAAGCCAAUAUCUGUGAUGGAUUGUAUCGAACUGGUUCUUGAAAUUGGUGAAGAUGGACAGAUGAGUUUGGUGGAGCAAAAGAGGUUACCAGGAGAAAAUAAUGUGGGUAUGGUAGCCUGGAGGUUGACCUUAAACACUCCGGAAUACCCUGAGGGUCGAGACUUGAUCCUCAUUUCUAACGACAUCACAUUCCUCAUCGGAUCUUUUGGUCCUAAGGAAGAUAUUGUGUUCAACCUCGCCUCAGAAUACGCCAGAAAACUCAAAGUCCCAAGGAUAUACUUUGCUGCCAACAGUGGAGCCAGGAUAGGUCUUGCGGAAGAAGUCAAAAACUUGUUCAAGAUUGCUUGGGAGGAUUCUGAAGAACCAGACAAGGGUUUCAAAUACUUAUACCUCACAACUGAAGACUACACCAAAAUCUCCGCCCUCAAUUCUGUCAAGGCAAUACUCAUAGAAGAUGAGGGUGAAGCUAGGUACAAGGUUACAGACAUUAUUGGCAAGGACGAUGGUCUUGGUGUUGAGAACUUGAAGUACGCAGGUAUGGUAGCAGGAGAGACUUCUCAAGCGUACAAAGAAGUGGUGACCAUCUCAGUGGUGUCUUGUCGUGCCAUUGGUAUCGGAUCCUACCUGGUGAGGUUAGGACAGAGAACUAUCCAAAUAGACAACUCUCACAUCAUCCUCACGGGCUGCAGUGCUCUCAACAAGAUCUUGGGUAGGGCAGUGUAUGCCUCCAACAAUCAGUUGGGUGGUACACAGAUUAUGUACAACAACGGUGUAACACACAAGACUGAGCCCCGAGACCUCGAUGGUAUCUACACUACCAUGAAGUGGCUCUCUUACAUUCCUAAAGACAAGUUGUCUCCUGUGCCUAUCAUCAAACCCGUGGACUCUGUCGACAGAGAGAUAGGGUUCAUGCCUACAAAGACUCCAUACGACCCUCGGUGGAUGCUGGCAGGAAGACAAAACCCCAAUAACACAGCUCAAUGGGAGACUGGGUUCUUUGACCAUGGUUCCUGGGAGGAGAUCAUGCAACCUUGGGCUCAAACUGUGGUCUGUGGUCGUGCCAGGCUCGGUGGUAUCCCAGUUGGAGUUAUUGCAGUUGAAACCAGAACUGUGGAGCUCAAACUACCCGCCGACCCUGCCAAUAUUGACUCUGAAGCAAAGACUGUAUCACAAGCUGGGCAGGUAUGGUUCCCUGACUCAGCUUACAAGACUUCACAGGCUAUCAAGGACUUUGGUCAUGAGGGACUUCCACUUAUCAUCUUCCCUAACUGGAGAGGGUUCAGUGGUGGUAUGAAAGACAUGUAUGAGCAAAUCCUCAAGUUUGGAGCAUACAUUGUGGACGGACUGAGAGAGUACAAGCAACCCAUCAUCACUUAUAUCCCACCUAAUGGAGAGUUAAGAGGAGGUGCUUGGGCUGUGGUAGACUCUACCAUCAACCCCAACCAUAUGGAGAUGUAUGCCGAUCCUGACAGCAGGGGUGGAGUCCUGGAGCCUGAGGGUAUUGUGGAGAUCAAAUUCAGAGAGAAGGAUCUCUUGAAGGUGAUGAACCGAGUGGACCCAGUGCUGCUGCAACUCAAGAACAAGUUGACUGGAGAACUGAGCACUGAUGACAAGACAAAGACAGAGAAGUCUAUCUCUGAGAGAGAGAAGUUCCUGAUGCCCACGUACCACCAAGUGGCCGUGCACUUUGCUGAUCUCCACGACACUCCUGAGAGAAUGCAUGAGAAAGGAGUCAUCGUGGAUAUCGUUCCAUGGAGGAAAUCAAGGACCAUUCUGUACUGGAGGCUAAAGAGAUUACUGUACGAGAAUGAAGUGAAGAAAGAAAUCAUCAAGACACAACCGAACCUCAACGAGAACCAGCUACAAGCUAUGAUCAGACGGUGGUUUGUUGAAGACAAAGGAACUACUUAUGCUUACCUAUGGGAAAACAACGAAUCAGUGGUUUCCUGGCUCCAAGAGCAACUCAGCAAUGCUGAUUCAACAGUACAUAACAACAUUAAGUCAGUCAUGAGAGACGCAGUCAUUCAACAAGUCAAAGCUGCCCUUGAGAACUCCCCGGAUGUAGCGCUGGACGCACUAGUGGAGAUGUUCCAAGCCCUCCCUCCCUCUAAGAAGUCAGAAGCUGUGAGAACUCUCUCAUAUCUCGAGAGCAUACCACCUCAGCAGCCUCCUGAUGUUCAGAGUGACGGAUGAAACCCACUCCAACUAGAUUACGUAGUACUCGGUACUCAGGGCAGAUUUACAGUAGCGAGCACCCCUUCGGCUUUGAUGGUGAGGGCUCCAAGAGCUAAACUCUUGUGAUGGAGAUUUGCGCAACAUGACAUCUUGCGACACAAGCCGCCGCUCAAACCUACUGCGGUCUGCUUUCGUACAUACACAAUAUAUAUAUUGUAUAUAAGUGAAUGACAGCAAAUACCAAAGUGCCCUUGUUUGUUUUUAUUCAUGUUGGUAAUUUUUGUACUGGAUCAUAAUAUUUAUUGUUAUUUCUAUUAAUUUAAGAAAUUGUGGAUCAUUCUUGUAAAAAUUAGUGUAAAAAUUCAAUAAUUGAGUUUUUAUCAUUGUUCAUAUAUAAAAGUUAGAAAAAAAAAAAAAUACAAAGCAAACUGA